GGUGAAAGCUAGAAUUUACUAUGACCAGCAAAAACUUGUGAUCAGAUACGAUGGAAAGAAAAUCAAGAUUCCCAUCAUGAAUAAUAAAGCAAAAAAGAUACCAAAUAUCGAACAUGAUGGUAACGAUAAAGCCAAGAGAAAGCCGAAUACUGAACCUGACAGUAACGAGUCAACUGAUAAAGACGACGCAGAAAAGAUAUUUGAUGAAAUUGUAUACGAAAAAGAAGAAGUAAAAGAAAAGGAAGGAUACUACACUGGAGAAUCGCAUAGUGACUCUGAUCCCAAUGAUAAAGUACAAUUGAAGGAACCAGAAGUGAUGGAAGAAUUGCCAGCAGAAGAGGAUGGUGUAAUGUAG